AUGGAUGCUCGCCUACGACGCGUUACCAGAGAAAUCGCUGACUGCAAGAACGACAAGACCUCCAGUAUCAAGAUAGAGACGAUCGAUGAAUCACCCUUUCAUCUCAAAGGCUCUUUCCCUGGUCCUGAGGGGACUCCGUACCAAGGCGGUAACUUUGAGAUAGAUAUCGUAAUACCGGAGUCAUAUCCAUUUCAGCCAGUGAAGAUGAAAUUCAUCACGAAAGUGUACCAUCCCAACGUCUCGUCAGCUUCAGGAGCCAUCUGCCUCGAUAUCCUCAAGGAUGCCUGGUCCCCUGUCCUCACAUUGAAAUCGACAUUGAUCUCGCUACAGAGUUUGCUCUGCUCGCCCGAGCCGAAUGACCCACAGGAUGCCGAAGUCGCUAAGCACUACAUGACUAGCAAGGCUAGCUUCGAAGAAACUGCGACAUACUGGACGCACAUAUAUGCCGGGGGUCCGGGAUCAAAGGAUGCGAAACAGCUAAACUCAGGAGAUGAUGUGGCGAUAGCAGGACUAGAACAUACCCACGUCGACCGAUUCGUGGAGCUUGGCUUCCCCAAGGCGAAAGUGGUCGAUGCUCUCCGACGACUCAACUACCGCGGAAAUAAUAUACGGAAUAUCCCAGACGACAGGGUUAUUGAAGAAUUACUCAAAUGA